AUGCUCACGGUGGCCCGACCUCAGGAUGAGAUAACGGCCUGGUGGUGGUCUGGCCAAAAUACAAGUUCUACAAGGAUCGCCGUAGACGCGUAUGCGAGAGCCGUCGAGUAUUUCGAAAGAGCGUUGGCUGAAACACCGAGUGAAAGAGCAUGGACCCGUGGCCAGACCUCGCUCGAAGACGUCAAGAAAACGGUCGAGCGGGCACGGGAUUCCUAUGAUGAUCGGUCGGAGCCUCAUGCCAGAGCGAAGAGGUGGAUUGGCGCCUUUGCAGCGAACAUGGCCCGUUAUGGCGCUGUGCUAGACAUCCUCGCCAAUGCCGACCCCCUUCAUGCAGGGCUUGCUUGGGGAGCUGUUAAAUUUAUUUUUGCUGGUGUGUCCAACUAUUCACAACACGCGGCAGAACUAGCAAAGGCCUUAGCCCACAUCGGCGACGUUCUGCCGCGUAUUCGUAGAGCCGUUACGUGGUACACUGCGAAUCGUACCAGGCGCGUCUUGAAAGCCGUCUUCCGGCCUUCCCAGCUCCCUUUUCAGGAAACUGUAGCAGACAUCGAACUUUGUGCUAGGAACGUGGAAUUGAUUGCCAGUACUGCGGGCCGUGCCGAGAUCCGUGGCCAGUCAUUUGUCGUGGAAGAGCACAUUGUACGUCAACGACAGAUAGAGCAGCGGUUGUUGGACAUGCAGCCGCAGUUGGAAUUGGUGUCCAUCUCGAGUCAAAAGCACGAGCAGAGCCUACAGCAACUCGUUCAGCAUACCAUGAACAGCUACGACCUCCUGAAAGCCGUCAAACUUGAUGUAGGAAUGGACCCGGCUACCCAGAAGCUCGAUGCUUAUCGUCAGAAGCACACCGCAGGCUUUACAACGCACCCUGGAUAUGGUUGUGGAGGUGACAACGCUGCUCAAUACCACGAUGGCAUUCUCAUUCUCACGACCAACCGUGUCGGCACGUUCGACGAAGCCUUCAAAUCCCGUGUUCAGCUCGCCAUACACUAUCCAGUUCUAAAUAGUAAGGACCGAUACGAGAUCUGGUGCAACUUCAUCGAGGCCCUGAACGGGAAGAAAGUGCCUAUGCUUUACGAAGAGCUCAGGCGUAAGGCUUUGGUCAUGGCACGACGACGCUUCAACGGCCGACAGAUUCGCAAUUGCCUUUGGACGGCGACUCAAGUGGCGAAGUACAGGAACGAGUCGCUAGGGUACAGCCAUAUUGAGCAGGUGAUGGAUAUCUCGCAAGAGUUUGAAGACUACUUGGAAAGAACUCGCGGGCAUACAGACGAGGAGAACGCCCAAGCCCAGGGCACCAGGGCUUUUGAUCCCGAAAUCAACAGUGAAUGA